UAAAAUACUAUGUAAAAUCGCCGGCCGGCGGCAGUCGCCAGUCAGUGUGGGUUCACCACAGACGCAGCACGUCGCCUCGAUCACGUGGUCCCGGGAGGCCGUGACCUCGCUCUCACAGCUGACACCAAAUCAACAAAAACCAUGGCUUCGAUAGAUUAUUCCAAGGUGCCGAUUCAGGAGAAGCCCCUGUACACACCGCCGUUGGAAGAGGUGGCUGAAGUUUUAUCUCGUGGUCUCCGCAAAACUUUCGAGUCGGUCAGCGUCUCUGCAGAAGAAUGUCCAGAUCUCAGAAAAGCGCCGUUUGACCUGACUACUUCGGGCUUAACAGGCAAUGCUAAACUGAUCGAAUUGGGCGGGCCGCCGUACCUGGUGCCGCUGGUGCAGCGCGACAAGAUCUACGACCUGGCGGCGCUGCUGCGGCACCUGGGGCGCGACCCCGCGCUGCUGGCGGGCGCAGGCGCUGGCCCGUGGCCCUAUAUUGGGGUUAAUUGCGAGGGUAUCAUUAACAUGGCAGUGCGCGACGGCUCGGUGGAGCAGGGCACCCGCAUCGUGUCGGUGACGCCGGUGGGCGCGGCCAAGGGCAGCGGCCGCUUCCUGCAGCAGCAGCUGCCCAACAACGAGACGCGCACCGCGCUGCUGGGCAACUACUUGCUGUCGGAGGGGAAACCGGGCAAGGUUAUCAAAGUAGAAGUUAAGAAACGUAUUGGACCAUCGAACUUCAUCACAGCAAUCAGAGAAACCUUGAAAGAACAUUAUGGAGACAAAGUUGUCGGUCUGGGCGGCGCGUUCGUGCUGCGCGCGGGCAAGGUGAAGCACCACGUGAUGCCGGACUUCUCGUCCAGCCCGCUCUGCUCCGACUCGGACGUGGACGCGUGGCUGCACUACUUCGAGAUGAGCGCGCCCAUCAUGCACGUGGGCACGCUCGUCACCGGCGAUAUGGGUCUGGACCUGCGCGUGCAGCACUUCCACGGGUACAGCGCGCACGGCGAGGGCGGGCACUACCACUACGACACGACGCCGGCGGAGGCGCACUACGAGGGCUACUUCGCGCUCGCCGACGCCGUCGUGCGCCUCGACCGCCCGCCCGCCACGCACUCCAUCGGACGCGACUGAUCCGUGCGGGCGAGUUUACGUUCACACCGCACUUUUAUAUGUAAUUAAAUGCAAACCUCGAACAAAUUUUUAUAUUUAAGAUUUACAGACGUGUUCAUUACAAUGGGUUCGAAUCGUUUUACAAAUAUGUUUAAGUCGAUUUUUUUGUAAAUACUUUAGAGUCUAUACGUAUUAGAGAUACGAUCUGUUAACUGUUAAUAAAGUACGUUACUAUUGUUACA